AACAAACUGCUUCUUUUGUUUAGAAAACUUUAAGAGAAACACUUUAAACUGCUUUAAAUAAUAAUUUCCUCUUAAUUAAGAAGACUCUGUCUCUUUUAAAAUUAUGAGCCUUCUGCCCUUAUAAGCAGGAUCUCAAGUGCCAUUUGUGAAAGAACACAAGACCCCAGAACUUGGGAAUAAACCUGAUUGGUGUUUACUUGUGUUAGUUUAAAUGUGGUAGCCCUAUGUGUCAGAAAACUGAGUCAGUAACACUUACGUUAGCCUAAGCAAGCAAAUGAUAGCAGCUAACGUGGCUUUAAUCUACUAAGUAACUUUAAAUCCAAAAGAUCAAAGGAAGUUAUAACUAAAAACAGUCCUUUUUGCCAUUUCCCUGUAGAAGCAGGAAAAGGCUAGAAAUUACAUGUCACCUUCAUAUCCUGGCUUGCUGACCUUGUGCUCAAAUGAAGCCCGCUGUAUGGCAGCUGUUAGUAUAUUAAGACCUUGCCUCUAGGGGUUAAAUAGGAGAAAACCUCUCCUGUCCUGUAGGAGAGCCAACAGUUCCUGCCCCAGUUGCCUCACUCAGAGCAAUCUGCGUGUGCUUGUUCUCCAGACCUGGGCCUGCCAUCUUCUGUGCUGUGGCUGCUGCAGCCAUUUGUACACCAAACUGUACCGGGGACAUUUCUCUUUUUCACAUAAAGGGUCAAGAAAUUGGAGCAUGGCUGUUAACAAUGGGAGCAACGAUUUUAUGGUUCUGAGCAAUGGCAGCAUUGCAAAUGGUGCUACCAACCCUGUGCCACUCACCUCCUGGGAAGGAGACCUUGCAGCCUGGCAGCCUGACUCCCAGGAGGCACUAAGAACAAAAGUGAGUCCCAAUGGGUGCCUGCAAGUUAAUGGCACAGUGAAGCCAUCCCUGCUACCUUUAGACAACCAAAGAGUGCCUCAGAUGUUACCCCAGUGCCGCCAUCCUUGCCCAUGCCGCCACCCUUUGCCUAGCCAUGGCAGGUACCAGGAGAGCCUUCCCGACACUAGUUUGGCAGUGCCUUUGGCUUCAUGCUGUGUGCAGCCACCCCCAGAGCACUGUGCAGCUCUCCGCCCGAGCUGCUCACCUGUGUAUCAGACCGCGUGCUGUCUACAGACCUCUCCACCCUUCUGCCUGCACCAUCCAUGGCCUAGCCAUUCACAGCCUCAGCCUGUGCAACAGCUCACAGCCAGUGUAAGACCUUCCAGACCUUUCAAGUUACCAAAAAGCUACGCAGCCCUGAUAGCCGACUGGCCUGUGGUGGUCUUGGGCUUGUGCACUGUGCUCAUCGUGGUCUGCGCCCUGGUGGCAGUGUUAGUGCCAGAGCUUCCGGACUUCUCUGACCCAUUGCUGGGUUUUGAACCAAGAGGGACUGCAAUAGGCCAGAGACUGGUCACAUGGAAUAACAUGGUGAAAAACACAGGAUACAAAGCAACAUUGGCAAAUUAUCCCUUUAAAUAUGCAGAUGAGCAAGCCAAAAGCCAUCGGGAUGAUCAAUGGUCGGAUGAUCAUUAUGAAAGAGAGAAAAGAGAAGUUGACUGGAACUUCCACAAAGACAGCUUUUUCUGCGACGUCCCAAGUGACCGAUAUUCCAGGGUAGUGUUCACUUCAGCUGGAGGGGAGACAUUAUGGAAUUUGCCUGCCAUUAAAUCAAUGUGCAAUGUAGAUAAUUUAAGGAUCAGAGCCCACCCCCAGUUUGGUGACCUCUGUCAGAGGACCUCUGCAGCAUCCUGCUGCCCCAGCUGGACACUGGGAAACUACAUCGCCAUUCUGAACAACAGGUCGUCCUGUCAGAAGAUUGUGGAGAGGGAUGUUUCUCACACCCUGAAGCUGCUCCGGGCCUGUGCCAGACACUAUCAGAAUGGCAGUCUGCAGCCAGACUGCUGGGACACAGUGGCUCGACGGAAGGACCAGCUCAAGUGCACCAGCGUGCCGCGCAAGUGCACCAAGUACAACGCCGUGUACCAGAUCCUCCAUUACCUGGUGGACAAGGACUUCAUGAGCCCACAGGCAGCCAGGUCAGUACCAGCUCUGCGGUACAGCAUGCUCUUCUCGCCCACCGAGAAAGGUGAGAGCAUGGUCAGCAUUUACGUGGACAAUUUUGAAAACUGGAACUCCUCUGAUGGUGUGACCACCAUCACCGGGAUUGAAUUUGGUAUCAAGCACAGUCUGUUUCAGGAUUACCUUCUGAUGGACACUGUGUAUCCCGCCAUCGCCAUGGCUGUCGUCCUUCUGGUCAUGUGUGUCUACACCAAGUCCAUGUUCAUCACUCUGAUGACAGCAUUUGCAAUCAUCAGUUCCUUGAUCGUGUCCUAUUUUCUCUACCGUGUAGUAUUUAACUUCGAAUUUUUUCCUUUUAUGAACCUCACUGCACUCAUUAUUUUGGUUGGAAUUGGGGCAGAUGAUGCAUUCGUCCUAUGCGAUGUUUGGAACUACACCAAGUUUGACCAGCCGCAUGGUGAAACCUCGGAGGCAGUGCGCACCGCCUUGCAGCACGCGGCCCUGUCCAUGUUCGUCACCAGCUUCACUACGGCAGCUGCCUUUUAUGCAAACUAUGUCAGUGACAUCACAGCCAUCAGGUGCUUCGGGGUCUAUGCAGGCACAGCUAUCUUGGUGAACUAUGUUUUGAUGGUCACGUGGCUUCCAGCAGUGGUGGUUCUGCACGAGAGAUAUCUGCUCAAUAUAUUCAGUUGCUUCAGAAAGCCCCAGCAGCAGGUGUAUGGCCCCAAAAGUUGCUGGACCGUGGCCUGCCAGAAGUGCCACCAAGUGCUUUGUGCCAUCUCAGAAGCAUCUCGAGUCUUCUUUGAGAAAGUGCUGCCGUGUGUUGUCAUCAAGUUUCGCUACCUUUGGCUGCUCUGGUUCCUUGCCCUGACCGCAGGCGGGGCCUACAUCGUGUGUGUGAAUCCAAAGAUGAAGCUGCCCUCCUUGGAGCUGUCUGAGUUCCAGGUGUUCAGGGCAUCUCACCCCUUUGAACGGUACGACGCUGAGUACAAAAAGCUCUUCAUGUUUGAACGCGCUCACCAUGGGGAGGAGCUGCACAUGCCCAUCACGGUGGUCUGGGGCGUGUCCCCGCAGGACAAUGGCAAUCCCCUGAACCCCAAGAGUAAGGGGCGGCUGACCUUAGAUAGCAGCUUUAACAUUGCUAGCCCAGCUUCCCAGGUCUGGAUUUUGCACUUCUGCCAGAAAUUGAGAAAUCAAACCUUCUUCUACCAGACUGAUGACCAGGACUUCACCAGCUGCUUCAUUGAGACCUUCAAGCAGUGGAUGGAGAACCAGGACUGCGAUGAGCCUGCCCUAUACCCUUGCUGCAGCCACUGGAGCUUCCCCUACAAGCAGGAGGUUUUUGAGCUGUGCAUUAAGAGAGCCAUCAUGGAGCUGGAAAGGAGUACAGGCUACCAUUUGGACAGCAGAACCCCAGGGCCAAGGUUUGAUGGCAAUGAUACCAUCAGGGCGGUAGUGCUGGAGUUCCAAAGCACCUACCUCUUCACACUGGCUUACGAGAAGAUGCACCAGUUUUAUAAAGAGGUGGACACAUGGAUUUCCAGUGAGCUGCGCUCUGCCCCCGAGGGCCUUGGCAAUGGCUGGUUUGUCAGCAGCCUGGAGUUCUAUGACCUACAGGACAGCCUCUCAGAUGGCACCCUCAUUGCCAUGGGGCUGUCUGUGGCUGUUGCAUUUAGUGUAAUGCUGCUCACAACAUGGAACAUUGCCAUAAGCCUCUAUGCUAUCAUGUCAAUAGCUGGCACCAUAUUUGUCACUGUUGCUUCUCUCGUCCUGCUGGGCUGGGAGCUAAAUGUUUUGGAGUCUGUCACCAUCUCGGUGGCAGUCGGUUUAUCCGUAGACUUUGCCGUCCAUUAUGGGGUCGCCUACCGCUUGGCCCCAGAUGCUGACCGCGAGGGGAAGGUGAUCUUCUCUCUGAGCCGCAUGGGCUCCGCCAUUGCCAUGGCUGCUCUGACUACCUUUGUGGCUGGGGCCAUGAUGAUGCCGUCCACGGUGCUGGCCUACACCCAGCUGGGCACCUUCCUGAUGCUCACCAUGUGUGUCAGCUGGGCUUUUGCCACCUUCUUCUUCCAGUGCCUGUGCCGGUGCCUUGGGCCGCAGGGCACCUGUGGUCAGAUCCCCUUACCUGAGAGGCUCCAGUGCAGCGCCUUCUCACCUGCCUCAUCUCAACAUCCUGGAGACAAGGGGCAGAGCAAAGUCUGUGCUGUGAGGGCCUUUCAUUUAGAUCCCACAGGCCAAAAGUCUGAAAUGCAGCCUGAGUUUUACCAACUGGAGCCACUGGCAUCCCACAGCUGUGCUGCCUCUGAGAACACAAACACGUAUGAAGAGACCCGUAUGUGUUCUGAGCUUAACAGCCGGGUGAGGCGUUCAGGGUUGCCUCAACUCAUGGCUUACAAGGGCCCCACUGACAAGGCUGGCUCCACUUCACUACAGCCCCCUUCUGGGCAGCACGCCAGGUGUCACUUCCCUGUGAAUCUGAGACCCAGCUGCCCAAAUGCCUGCAGACAUUUGACGUGCGGUCCACACUCCUGCCAGGAGCUGGGGGAUAGCAUGUGCCAUCAGUGCACUCCUACUGUGGGCAGCUUCCUGCCUGUCCCAGACAGCACGGCACCCCUGAGAGCCUCACACCAGGCCCCUGAGGCCGUCGUGCCUCCCAUCCCACAUAUGCACCCCAGCCUCUGCUUACAGGCCAGAGUGAGACUGCCCGGGAGGGAGAAUCCCCCACCUCGGGGUUUCUUCCUCCAGCCGGUGCAGCACUCUCAGGUCCAACAAAAUGCUGGUAAGCCCAGUAUCCACAAUCUUCAGAGCACAGAGGAGCAUCUUCCGAAGGUGUCAGAGUUGUCAUUUGUCAGCAGAAGUGCUGGAUCUUUACCAAAAGCAUGCUGUGAUCCUGAGAAUAACCAAAGGGUACUCUGUAAAAAUAGAGAUGCAGGGACUUCGGAGGUGUGUGGUGGGGCCAAGAGCAAGGACAGCAGAUUCGUGAAUCAGCACAGCAAGGCGGGGAGGGAAGCUGAGCCUGGCCUGGCACAGACCGACGGGGUGGUGAACUCAGAACAUUUAAGUCAGGGUGAACCAAGGUUUACAUUUAACCAUUUAUUAGGGGAGGCUGGGUGCAGGUCCUGCCCAGACAACCCGCAAAGUUGCUGCAGAAUCAUGAGAGGAAAGUGCAAUUCUGUGGACUGCCAAACGCCAGACACCAAUGCCAGCGUGCCUGCAGUGGUAACACACUCAGAACUUUCUGUGGCAGUUUGUUAAUGAAAACACUUUAAUAAAUACAGUAUUAAAUUAAGAACCAGUGCCUCCAUCGUUCCUUUGAAGUAGAGGUGGAAUCCAUCAUUUAGAAAGGGACUCCAAGACAGGAACCAGCAUGUUUCACUUUGUUUAAAAAUCAUGGAAUAUCUAUGUUCUAUGUGAACAAUCAGCAAACUCACUUAGAGUGUUAGCCGGUUAUUGGGCUUUAUAUUUUCAAAAGGUACAGCUGUUUUUAUGUUUAUACUUGGCUUGGAAAAUAAUUGUCUCUCUUUCCCCUCACACAGCAGUGAGUAAGAUUUAGAGUUUGAAUUACCAGAGGUUGUGGUUCCCCCUGGCAGUAGCAUCUCCUGAUUUCCUUAUUCUGGUGCAUGUGGUGUCAAUAAUUGGGACUUUCAAUUGCUCAACAUAAACUAAUUUGAAAAGAGCCACUUCAGAUGGAAGCCAGGAACUAAACAGCAUUAAAAUGUGUAUUUUUGGUGAAGCCUCAUUUAAAAUAUAGAUUGCCAAGCAUGUUAAUAGUCCAUCCCACUGUCUGCAUGAGGAGUUGAAGCCAAUAAUACACUCAUGCAAAUUGGUGUCCUUUUCCACAUUAGCCCCAGUGUAUAGUUGUUCGGUCAUUAAAUCUAUUCACCUGGAGUCACAGGCAUCCUCCUCCAUCAGGCAACCAUUGUGUUAGUGCCACAGAAGGAAAAGCACAAGUGGAGAGAUGUGACAGCCCUUUUUAGAGUUGGUUGCAUGUUGCCCAAGGUAGACCAGGAUCAGAUGAGUCUAACUCCCAGAGUAUCAGAGGAAGGGAACUGGUUCUGUGAGGUUUUUGCUUCCGUGUUUGCCCCGAUGGGGACAUGUCCAGACAGCUGCCUUCUCCCAUGUUAACCAGUGUCUCCAGAUGUGAACGGGAAUUUUAUUGUGCAGCUAACACCUGGAAACGCUGAGUCUCAGGGAGAAACUUAAGUGAUACCUGUGUAUCUCUUGUCGGAUCAGUCUGCAGUGACUGAGCUGUCCACAUAGGAGUCAUCCGGCCGAGCCCCCAGACCCCUGCCAAGGUCCCUCUGCACUCUGCCUCGCUAUGGAACUCUGCCUCCCAUUUGGUCCUCUGAAAGAACACCGGUGGAAAUACUUCUAAAUGCAGUGUUCUUUCCAAAAAUUGUAUUAGUUAUUUUGAAGAAUAGUUUUCCAAAUUAGAUCUGCAUAUUAUUUUUCAUAUUAGGGCCUGAAAAAAACCGUCAAGAGUUGGAAGAGAGCUUAUGGAUCCCUGGUGCCAGCCCACCUGCCCCAAUCCACAUUUUUGUUAGGUAGCCUUGUAGCUUUUGCUUUGUUACCUCCGGCACAAGGCGCUCACUACAGGACAACCUGGGUGGAGCUCAGCCCUGUUGUCCUGCCGUUUUCCUGCUGCAAGGGAUCCCUAAAGAUGCGUGGACACAGCUGUCAUGCCCUCCCACUAACAUGCCCAGUUCACUCAGCUGUCCUUCCCACCACCAGAUUUUAAGCUUAAAACACUGGCUGAACUAUUAGGUUCCCCUCUGGAAAGGCCAGGUGAGCAGACCCUGCACAGUGGACAGCCAGGCCUUCCGCUGGUGCACAUAGGGAAGGACAACAUGGCUCCUGCAGCUUAGAGGGUGUAGGGGACAGCCUGUGUCUUCUUACAUGUCUGAAUGCAGCAUGGGAAAGCACCAGCUUGAGAACAACCAGUGCAGUCCUUGGAAGUUAUCUGCGCACAAAAACAUAUCUUGUCCUUGAAAACAAGCCAAGACGCCUCACUCUGAAAAUAGGGAGACCUUGAGGAUGUGUGAAAACACCACCCCUGCUUC